AUGCACUGGGAGUGGAAGAAUUGCCCGACUGCAUGGAAAGGUCAAUAUACCCGUGGAUCUGGAAAGCCAACAAUUGUUUUAGAGGCUGUAGCUUCACAAGACCUCUGGAUAUGGCGUGCAUUUUUUGGAGCUCCAGCUCCCAAAGUGAAAUAUAUUGUCAACGGACGACAAUAUAAUCUAGCUUACUAUCUCACUGAUGGUAUUUAUCCUGACUGGGCUACUUUUAUCCAAUCAAGUCAAAUUCCACAAGAUCCGAAAGCAUCCUUAUUUGCUACAUACCAAGAAGCUGUGCGUAAAGAUGUCAAGCAUGCUUUUGGAGUCUUGCAAGCUCGAUUUGCCAUAGUAAAAAACCCAGCUCUUAUGUUGAAUAAGGUAAAAAUUGGAAACAUAAUGAGAGCAUGUAUCAUAUUGCACAACAUGAUUGUAGAAGGCGAACGUGAUGGGUAUACUCAGUAUGAUAUGGCUUCAUUUGCAAAAGACGACUCAAACAGAACUUCACAAGUUGAUUGUGCGUAUUCUACAGAUAUCCCUUCAAAUCUCGCCAAUAUGAUGGGAAAUGUGAUGACCAUUCGAAAUGAAAGUGGAGAGCUACGGCCAGGGGAGUUUUCAAGACUUGGUAUACCACCGACUGGAACCAGCUCCUGGUUAUCUCGCAGACAAUCACCUGGACCGCAUGGGAGGGUUCCUCACUCGAUAUACCUUUCAAUUCACAGUCUAUACAAUAUGGCGGGAAUGGAAUGGACGGCGACAUGA